AUGACAAAUCGAUUGCAGCAGCACGACAGGGCAGCUGCGGCCACCACGAUCACGACGUCAUUUGUGCUCGAUGAGCAGGAUGCGCAGGACAAGAGCACACAUGUGGUGUUCCAUGGAGACUUUGGCCUGCAGGACCUUGCACAGGAGAUGAAUCUCGACCUCCCUUCUGUGUACCGCCACAUGUCGUCCUGGGCAUCGAUUCACAUGGCCAGGAAGAACGGCCAACAGUACGAGUGCUUCAUGCCGACAUCAGACCAAGCGAGAGCAAUGGAGCAGGACGUUGGGCAGUCCUUCCACGCCACGCUGGCGGAUGUGCAGGUGGAGAUGACAUCAGCCUGCGUCACGGAGGUGUGUCCUGAGGAGCGAAUUGAGCAGUAUCACACAGAUGCGAGUGGACGUAUCAUCGACGACAAAACGGACGACAUCCCUGCUGUGAUUCUGCUCGGAUUCGGGUCGCGCGUGUUUCACAAACACUAUGGGCCCGACACGGCAGCCAGCAGCAGCGACAACAACGGUGAUGAUGGUGGUGGUCACAGUGGCGACGCUCACACCAAACCAUACCGCAGAGAGAAGAAACGUGUCGUUGAUGGUGUCGAUGGUGAUGACGACGACGACAACGGCAACAGCGACAGCGCCAGUAAAGCUCCUCCUCCGCUUCAAUCGCCACGCGUGUCCAUCAGUCGCCUGCCGGAACACGUCACGUCCGGCCGCGCAAAGGCACUCGCUAACGAUCCCCUCACACAGGGGCGGUUCAUUGUGGAGACGUUUGAGGGUGGCCAUCCGUGCCCCAAGACGGGCAUGCCGCGACGCAGCGACGUGCUGUAUGUGUGCGAUGGAUGGUGGCUCGCACGCCUCGAUGCCUUGUCAAAGACAGUGCCUGCACACAGCGCACCGCACCCUCGCAUCACGCACGUGGAGGAAUCACCAACGUGCAACUAUCUGGUUGUUGUGCAUGUGCCGUCGUUCUGCUCAGCGCGGCGCCGGCGCCAGCAACAGCAGUCACUGCUGUGCACGUGGUGCUUCGAUGCCAACGACGUGCACCUCCCGGCCAUUCGCUCGGGUCUCAUUCCAGAGGGCACCGGAGAUCACGGUGGUGGUCGCGAUGAUGAUGGCGGUGACGGUGGACAUCAUUCCAACUUUGGCGGCGAUGCGUUUGGCUUGCACCGGCACACGUCGUCAGCGGUCGACAUUGCUGUGGAUGAGGAGGUGGUAUGCGCGCAGGCGUGCGUGGACCCGUGGCAGCGCGUUGUUCUCUCCGAUGCUUGCAAGCACUGCCUUGAAGACGUGCGCACCAGGAUCCUGGGCAAUUUUCUCGGGCUUUACACAUGUCGUGGCGAACAAGUCAUUCGCCUCUCGCUCACAUAUGCGCGGUUUGAUGCGACGACGUUCCUGUUUGUCGUUGGUGGUGAUGCGCAUUUCUUCUACGACCGCACGUACGGAUCGUACGAAUACAUCGGCGUCCUCGACCCCCGGGAUCGCAAGUUCCUGCUGAGCAGUGGGCGGUGGCACGUACGCCCCCGCGAUUUCUAUCCGGCGCCGCUGCGGGGCGCGUUCACGGCCGACUGGUCAACCAUGACCGGUUCAGUGCCUGCAUGCAUGGAUGGACCCUUCCACUUCCGGCGCGUUGUUCUCCCGCCCGCCGAUCUCUACACCUCCAGCACUCCAGCAGUGUGGUCCUCCAAGUGGGCGGGCCGGGUGUCCUCCCUCAUUUCACGCCACGCGCCCCACACCUCGCCCACCGCUGCGCUCCUCCACGUGUUGCCUCCAGAGGCGCUGUGGUUCACGCCGGUUCACGUCACCCGCAAGCCUGCCGCUGUCAUCAGGGGCGUGUGCAAGGCGCAGUCGUUUGACCAGCUCCUACAAGGCGUGCUGGUGCGCCAGACCAUCUUCACCACGAUCGAUGGCCGAAGAGCAACGUGUUUUCGCGGCAUCUGCCUGCAGCUCUGUGCUCGUCUCACUCGCCCAUACACGCUGGGUUGUCUGGCCGAGAUUUGGGCGUUGACGGGACUGCCACUCAACGCCGUUAUGUCCCCGCUCAGGGCGCCGGAGCGGCAGCUGUUGUGGUGGCAGGGCCAGCGGUUGCACCACAUCAUGAUGGACAUGCGUGUGCACCGCCACUUCAGCCACCGUACACCGUACACCACAUACUGCAGCACAAUCCGAGCGCUAUCACCGGAGCAUGCGAUACGCGACAUGUCUCGCUUCGUGCCGUCCACAUACAGGGACAAGCUCGCCGCGUGGAUUUACCGCGCAAAGGACGCGCCAAAGACCCUGCGGACGGAUGUGCGGCAGGUUGAAUUAGAGGGAGCGGUGUAUGUGUACUUGCACCACGCAAGCGAAAGGAUAGGCAGUAGCAUCGACGCGUUUCAGCGCACAAGCUGGGAGGAGAGCGCCGUGCUUGCAGGCAUCCACCGCUUCCGCGAAUCACACGAUGGCCUGUGA